AUGAGCGACCUCAACGAGCCCAGUGACAGCUCAACCCUCACGCAAAAGGAUGUUCAGCAGGAGUCGUGCUCCUGGGCUGAUGCAGCGGAGGAAAUAAAAUUAACGGUGGUUGAUGAGUCCCUCAACAUCGAGCCAACCCCGCCAAGGCCAAUCAAAGUGAGGCAUUCAGAUAUAGGAGUCUCCGAGCAGGACAUCAGCGCAUCUCAACGCAGCAAACUUCGGUUGCUGAAAAACAAGGCGCAAAUUAUCACAGAGGUGUAUAGGGAAUUGUCUCGCAUAUACGAGACGCAGGCCCAGUACACCGUUGAGGAACUGGAGAGCCAGAGAGAUAUCGUUGAGUCUGAGUGGGCAGAACUCAACAAAAUCAAUGAACAAUUGAUUGAUUCUCUCCCCGACAAUCAUGAACAUCACCAGGGCAGAGAUUAUGACGAGGCGUCCCGAUACAAGAGAGGUUGUUUAACCUUAAUGGGACAGAUAAGAGGCCAGAUAGUCAACGCGAGAGAUGCAGCCAGAGCCCAGGAUUUGACGUACGCUCAUCAACUGGGGACCCUAAAAAUAAAACCCUUCGAUGGAAAGAGAAAAGAGUGGAGGGAAUUUAGUGAGUCAUUCCUGACGAUGGUAGGGAAUGACGACACUAUCCCCCCCGUCAAGAAACUCAUGUGGUUGAAGACGUUUUUGAAAGGACUACCAGCCGAGCUCAUCGCCACCUUCAAUACGCAGCCAGCGAGCUAUGAAAAAGCGUGGCAGAAACUCGUCAGGAGGUACGAGGACCCCAGGUUAGUGGCUCAAUCCCUUUUCAAUAAGGUAUUAGACUUACAGCAAAUCCACAAGCCCACUGCCGAAAUCCUCGGAUCCAGAGCCUCAGCAGUGGUCGAGACCCUCGACCAACUGAAGGAUGUGCCAGGACUCGACUCUGAGAACAUCACCGAGCAACUCUUCGCCCACAUAUUAAGGAGAUCACUGGAUGUGGACACACUCAAACAAUGGGAGGUCAAGUUGGGCACAUCCAAGGACUUUCCCAGUCUACAGGAGUUCGUAGACUUUCUUGAGGCUUAUGGAAGAGCUCUCAACGCAGGAGCCAGUCUCAAAGAGUAUCAUGAGAGCGGUCCAGCAAAUAGGAAGCUCGUCACGAAGUUAAAGGGUGGAUACACAGCCACUCAACAGCAGGACACCCAUUCUACAGAAAGGCUUCUCCCCAAGACGAACUGCGCGUAUUGCAAGGGAAGACAUUUCAUCGCAGCUUGUCCACUGUUCAAGACACUCAUCCCUGUAAAGAGGAACGAGUUCGUCGUGAAUAAGGAGCUAUGCUUCAGGUGUUUGGGUCCCCAUCGAAAACCGAAGUGUAAAUCUACCAAGACAUGUCACGAGUGCAACAGGGAUCACCACACGCUCAUCCACAAUGGGAGCUCGUGGACAACGGCACCAUCAACUGGAGCAGGAUUCCGAUCAACGGAGAGGAAUGAGGAGCACCAAAAGCCAGGCACCUCAACCAGAUUAAGUACAUCAUCGGCAUCAACGGAGAUCAUCGACCAGAGGAUCAAUGAGGAGUCAACGGAAAUCCACGCAGUACAUCAGCCAGAAGAAGACCAACAAGCGGUAUUACUGGCCACCGCAAGACUAAGAGCACACUCACCCAGAGGAUUCACGAUGAAAGCGAGAGCGCUAAUUGAUCAAGGAUCGGAGCUAUCCUUUAUUACUGAUCAAUUAGCACAUCAACUGCAACUCAAUAGACGGCCAUCAUCAACAGAACUAAUAGGAAUUGGCGGACUCAACUCAGGCAUCACUCAGGGCAUAGUAAAUGUCAGUCUUCAAUCAAUUCAGGGGCAGAAGCAGAUCACAAUAAGCGCCCACGUACUGAGGAAAUUGACAACUACACUGCCAUCAUUCUCUUGUACGUUAGCAGACAUCGGCUCACUAGAGAACCUCCACCUAGCCGAUCCUCAAUAUCUCAGACCUGGACCGAUCGACAUCAUCAUAGGAGCAGACUAUUAUGGGCGGAUUAUCGAAAACCAGAUCAUCAAGUCUAGACGAACAGCAGUAGUUGGCCAACGCACCGCAUUUGGUUGGAUACUAUCAGGACCAGUCAAAUGCACCAGUUGUUCAACAAGGAUUUCACCAGCCAGGCUAUUUCUCCACACAGGAGUGGACUAUGCAGGUCCAUUCCCCAUCCUGAAGUGGAGGCCAACAAAUGCACAACCAGGAACAGUGCAUAUAGCAGUAUUCGUGUGCUUCACCACGUCAGCAGUUCACCUAGAGCUCGUCAACAGGCAGACAACAGAGGCUUUCAUCGGCGCCUACAAAAGAUUCACAGGAAGACGUGGCAUUCCAGCAGUCAUGUAUAGUGACAAUGCCACCACCUUCACAGGAGCAGCAGAGGUCCUAGAGCAACUUUAUCACCAGGAGUCAAGAGAAAACCAACAAGUUCAGGCUGUCCUCGCAACCCAUGGAACUCAGUGGAAGUUCAUCCCGCCAAGAGCACCACACUUUGGUGGUAAAUGGGAGGCAGCCGUGAAAUCCGUGAAGUAUCACCUGAAGAGGAUACUAGGACCAUCAACACUCACAUACGAAGAGCUCAACAGCGUGAUCAUCCAGAUAGAAGCCUGUCUCAACUCCAGACCAAUCUGUCCCAUGUCAGAUGAUCCAGAAGAUCUCCAGGUGCUCACUCCAGGACACUUCCUGGUAGGAGAGCCCCUUCAACUAGUACCAGAACCAUCUCUUCUCCAGAAACCUAGCAGCAAGCUACAGAGAUGGAACCUCGUCACCCAGAUCACCCAACAAUUCUGGUCCAGAUGGUCUAAGGAGUGCUUGCAGAGAUACCAAGCAAUCUACAAAUGGAAGAAUCAACAGGACAACAUCAAGGUCGGCGACAUGGUCCUGAUGAUGGAUGAAUAUCCACCCGCAACGUGGCCAAUCGCCAGAGUCAUCGCAACACGACCAGGAGCAGAUGGACUCACCAGGGUCGUCACAGUGAGAACAGCAAGAUCCCAAGUGUCAAGACACGUUGACGGAUCACCAGACCCUCAAAAUAUAAGGGUAACCUACGCAGAGUUUGACAGACCAAUUGCCAAACUCUGUCUACUACCAUCAGAUCCACCACCAGCAGAAGAACCUCCAGAGGAUCAACAAGGGGACCUCCAGGAAUCACAGGACUGA